AUGCCGUGGUCAGAUUUCGCAGACGUAGACGUGGAUGAGAUCGUCGAGAAGCUCACAACGGACGAGGCUAUUCUCCUCACCGCUGGUGUUGGCUUCUGGCACACCCACGAGAUAGCCCGUCUUGGGAUGCCCGCUAUAAAAGUCAGCGAUGGCCCUAACGGUAUCAGAGGCAGUCACGUCUUCAUGAGUACACCGGCAAAGUGCCUGCCUUCUGCCACCGCGCUUGGAGCGACCUGGGAUACGGAACUGAUCGAGGAAGUUGGGUUUAAGUUGCUGGCAGGCGAGGCGAAGCUUAAAGCCGCGCCUGUUAUUCUUGCCCCAACAUGUAAUAUCCAACGUCACCCUCUAGGUGGCCGUGCCUUCGAGAGUUUCUCAGAGGACCCACUCUUAUCCGGCCUCAUUGCCGCCGCGUACGUCAAAGGCGUCCAAAAAGGCGGCAUUGGAACUUCAAUCAAGCAUUUCGUGUGCAAUGACAAAGAAGACGAUCGUAUGGCAUACGACUCGAUCCUCAGCGAACGCGCGCUUCGCGAAAUUUACCUCAUGCCGUUCAUGCUUGCCCAGAAGUAUGCCGAGCCGUGGUGUUUCAUGACUUCGUACAACCGUGUCAAUGGCACCCACGCGUCUGAGAACAAGCAUCUCUUGCAGGACAUCCUGCGCGGCGAGUGGGGCUUUGAGGGGCUCGUCAUGUCUGAUUGGUUCGGUGUUUACAGCGUAGACUUGAGUAUCAAUGCUGGCCUCGACCUCGAGAUGCCAGGCACCAACAAAUGGCGCACACUUGAUCUCAUGAACAGGUCCAUUGGCUCGAGGAAACUGACAGUGAGGACCGUGAAGGAGCGCGCACGCAAAGUUAUCGAGCUUGCCAAACGCGUCGCUCAGGAAGCACCAGAGAUCAUUGAUGGAGAUGGUAUCGAACGUACCGCCGAAAGCUCUGAAGACACAGCUCUCAUGCGCAAAGUCGCAGGUGAAUCCAUCGUAUUGCUCAAAAACACGAACGCCAUCCUCCCUCUGAACCCCAGCAUGUUCAAAACAAUUGCUAUUGUCGGGGGGAAUGCGAAAGCCAUAGUGCUUUCUGGAGGAGGAUCGGCUGCACUCAAGCCAUCAUACUUUGUGACCCCGUAUGAUGGCAUUACCGCUGCGCUUCCCGAGGGCGUGGAGGUGCUUUAUAGCGAGGGCGCUAGUACCUACAUGGAGAUGCCCGUUCUCGACUACGAGCUCUCCGUACCAUCGGGCGAGCGAGGAUGGAUUGGAACGUGGUACGCGCAUCUAGACGACGAGUGCAUGAUUCCAUGCGACACGCCCUACUCGACGCGUCUGAUUGACGAGACGAGGAUAUUGGUCAGCACGGAGGCGCCCGAGGGCAUCACGAGACGUUGGACGAUGAAACUUGAGGGUGAUCUGAAGCCCCGCGAACUCGAUUGUGUGUUCGAGUUUGGCUUGAGUGUUGCUGGAAGAGCCAAGCUCUUCGUGGACGGUAUACUCGUCAUUGAUAACUGGACACGCCAGCGCCGUGGCCAAUCCUUCUAUGGCUAUGGUUCCAUGGAAGAAAAGGGCCGCGUGCUACUCGAGGCAGGCGUCAAACGUCACAUCCUCGUUGAGUUCUGUAACGUCCGCGCACCAGCAGAUGGUGAUGAAGACGAGAUGGUGAUGGACAGUACCUCCGGUGUUCGUCUCGGUGGUGCACAGGCGAUCGAUGAGGAUGUGAAGAUGGCUGAGGCUGUGGAGAUCGCGACGAAGGCUGAUGUGGUUAUUGCUAUCGUCGGCCUGAGUGCGGAUUGGGAGACUGAGGGGAGCGAUCGGAAGACAUUGGCUCUGCCUGGACGUACAGAUGAGCUGAUCGAGAAGGUGUUAGCGGUCAACCCCAACAUUGUCGUCGUUACCCAAUCCGGUUCGUCGAUAACGCUUCCGUGGGCGGAUUCGGUUCCUGCUAUCCUUCAUUCGUGGUACCUGGGUAAUGCGACGGGCGAUGCAAUCGCGGACGUUCUGUUCGGCAAGAAAAAUCCGUCGGGCAAGUUGUCCUUGACGUUCCCUAAGAGAUUGGAAGAUAUCCCUGCACACGGGCACUUCCUUUCUGAGAAUGGUGCCCUCCGUUACGGCGAGGAUCUGUUCGUGGGUUACAAGCACUUCCAUCAUAGAAAAAUCAAACCACAGUUCUCGUUCGGUCACGGUCUCUCAUACACAACCUUCUCUUACUCGGACUUGGAACUUUCUGAGGCUGUUCUCUCGAAUGGCGAUUUGAGCCUGAACGCCACCGUCACCGUUAUAAACACUGGAGAGCUCACAGGCUCUGAAGUCGUGCAGUUGUACGUCUCGAUGCCCACCACGUCUGACGUAACCCACCCACCGUUGCUCCUGCGUGCCUUCCACAAAGCCAAAGACCUUCAACCGGGGCAGAGCGAGACGGUGACGCUUACGCUGGACAAGUAUGCUGUUUCGUUCUGGGAGGAGAGGAUUGCGAGGUGGGUGGUGGAGAAGGGUGUUUAUGGUGUCAAGGUGGGGGGCAGCUGUGAUGAUCUCCCGUUGGUCGGCAGCUUUGUGGUUGAGAAUGGGUUUGAGUGGAACGGCUUGUAG